AUGUAUAUUGUUUUGUUCUCUUUUGUCUAUGUUGUGUAUUCAAUAACUUACGUACUCAAUAAAGAUGAGAUAAAAGUAUAUUAAACAUAUAAUUGAAUAGAUAUUAGAGAAUUAUGCAAAUGGAAUAGAAAAAUAUGAUAAAUAGAAAGAAAAAUUAUCUCUAUAGAAUGUUAAAUAACUUGAUAAUGAUGAAGAGGUUGUUCAAGUAAUAUCUAUGUUUACCCCAUUUGAUAUUGAAUAGAGAGUAGAUGUAUUAACAAAAAAAGGGAACAAUAUUUACAAAGUAUAUACUAUAAAUUAUACUAAAUAAGUAAAAUCCAUAAUUUAUUUAUAGUCAAAUUCAGAACCUAAGGUUGAUGAAGUGGAAUUAAAAGGAGUAGUGAAAUGUAUUUCAUUAACCUAUUUAAAUAAUCAAUUUGUUGUUGAUUGUACAAAUACGUCAAUUCUUUUUAUAUUGUAGAAUGGUACUUAAAUUACAUACAAUAACAAUUUAAAUCUUUAAUUCACUGAAAUUUUAGGAUUUUAUAGUGGAUUAUUAGGAUUAUCUCCAGGAUAUUUAACAUUUUUUGAUGAAUAAUUGUAAAUGGAAAGAUAGACUGCAGCAAAUUAUAUUUAAGUAUUAAAGGAUGAAAAAAAUGUUUAUUUAUUAAAUGAACUCUAAGUUAUUAAAUAUUCAUAAGAUGAUGGUGUAUUUGAAUAUAAUCAUUAAUGUUAAAAUAAACCAGAAUUUAUGACAAUUUUAGAUGAUACAUUUUAUAUUUAAUGUGGUACUUUAAGGAAAGUUAAUUAAAAUGAAAUUGAAGUAUUUCAAUUAUAAGUAUCUCAAAUCUAAGCAACCAAUUAAUAUAUCAUUAUAAAUAAUACUAGUAUUUUUAAUAAAGACUUUGAUUUCUGUUUUUUUGUAUCAUUUGGUCAUUUGUAUCCACUAAAUUAUGAUGAUGAUGUUAUUCAAAUAGUGAAUAAUUAAAUAUAAAUUGGUUCAAUUAAAGGCUAUUACUUAAUCUAAUCAAAUGAAAUAUCUUAAUUCAAAUUAUCUAUUAAUUAAUUUUAUGUUGUAGAUAAAGGAUUAUAAGCUUUAACUUCUGGAGAAUCUGACUUUUAUGGAAGUGAAUAUUAAGUUGUAAAUUAUGUUUCAGGACCUAAUAUAGUAAUUAAUGAUUAGGGAAUUAUAAAUUAACCAUUUUAAUUGAAUAUUGAAAAAUAGUUAACAAAUAAAUAAUUGCUUGUAUUACUUAAUUAUUUAGAUGAAUCUAUUGUGUUAAUCUACUUAUAAUAAUCAAAAUUAUACUCACAAAAAUGUGCAAUUCAUAAUUAGUAAUUUGAAUGUGAAAAAGAAGUUGUCAUAUCUUAAAAUAUUCCAUCAGACAUUAAAAAUGUUCAAGGAUCUGUAAUUGAUAAUCAAAUAAUAGUUGCUUAUAUAUCUUAACAGAAUUUAUUUAUAUAUCAAGAUAAUACUCUUUUAGAAUAAGUUAAUAAAGUUACUACUUAUCAAUUAUAUUAAAGUGUUAUAGUUAUCCUUAAUGAAACUCAAGUAACAAUUAAUUAUAUCAUUAAUAAAUAAUUAUAAUAAUAAAGUUUAAUUAAUAUCAUUUGUAUUAUGGUUACUAUGUAUUCAAAUCAAAUUGCAUUAGUAGAUUAAAAAAAUACACUUUUAAUAGUAAGUAAUUCUAAUAAUGGUUGGUAUUAUUCAUUUUCUAAAUAAUUUUAAGAUAAAAUUACAAAUAUUAAUUAUAUAAAUACUUAAUUGAUUGUAUUAACUGAUAAAUAAGCAUAAAUUUAUGAAAAUAGAAUUUUAAGAGGUAAAUUAGAUUUAGAUAAAAUUGAAAAUGUGAAAUAUUUAUAAACUCAAACUCAUUUGUACAUUUUUAAUAACACAAAAAUACUUUAAUUUUAGAUAUUUUCAGAACUUUCUUUAUCAAGUUGGCCAUAAUAAGUAAUUGAUUCUAAGUUUUAAUCAAGAUUUUUAGUAUUGAGUUUUUUAAAUUAUGAAUUAUUACUUUUAGAUAAUAAUCUAUUUUUUUAUAGUUCAAUUUUAGAAUUUACACCUAACACUAUAGUAGAUAGAGAUGUUUAUUCUAGAUUCACUUAUGCUGAUGUAAUCUUCAAUAAUUAUUAAAAUAAACCUGUUAAUGUAAAAGUCAAAGUAAUUGGUGAUAUUUUAAAAUUGUAAACUUUAUAAUACAAUGAUACAGAUCAUUAAAUUAAUAAUGGAAUAAUGUAAAUUGAUUAAACUUUAUUUUUUGAUGGACCAAUCUCAAAAGUUAGUACUAAUCUUGAUGAUGAAUUUGAAAUCAUUUAGAGAGUAAAUAAGAUUUAAUAAUAACCAAGUUGGAUUAAUUAAGGUUUGAAUGAUCUAAUCUAUAUUGAAAAUAACUUAAAAAUUGUAUAUUAAAACUCCUCCUUAUUAUUAUGUUCAGAGAGUAAGUGUUAAUCAAUUUUAAAUAAUACUUAAGAUUGUUUAACUUUAGAGUAAGAUCAAAUAUAAUUUUAUUUAGUUUGUAAAAAGUCUAUUUAUUCUGGUUUAAAAUCAAAACCAGAAUAAAUAGAUAAUUUUGUUUUUACUCAAACAUCAGAUUAAUUAAUUAAUAUCAAAUUUGAUUAAGGUAAAAAAAUAGGUAUAAUAAGCAGAUCAGGUUAAGAUUUAUAAUUUUCAAUCUAUAUCAACUUUAAAUUAAAUGAAAAAAAAGUAAUUGAUGAAUUAAGAGAUUUCUAAUUUAAUAAUGAAUAAAUAAUAUUAUUAACAUCAAAAAAGGUAAUGAUUGUAGAUGAUGAAUUAAAAGAGAUAUAAUAAUAUGAUUUAUUAGAUAAUUUAAUUUAGAAUGAAUAGAAUUUUGCAUUGAGAUUUGUAGAAUUUUCAAAAAUAUGUCAAUAUAAAGAAAAUUAAUAUAUAAUAUCAAGUAUAGAUGGUCCAAUUUAUUUAAUUUAUUUUAAUAAAGAAUAUUCAGAACUAGUUUUGUAAUUUACUAAUAUUCAAGAUACAAAUCCAAUUGAAACUUAUUUAAUUGAACAAUAAAUUUUAGUAUGCAUUUAUUAAGAUCAAGAUAAUGAUUAUUAUGCUGCUUUUUAUGAUUUUGAAGAUAAAUCAAAAUCAUCUUUAAUUAUUCCAUAUUUUAAUGUGAUUAAAUUGGGAUCUUCACUCACAUAAUUCCAUUAUACUAGAUAAUAUAAUAAUAAUUCAAUUAUUUUAGUUGAUAGUUCUGAUUCAAAAUAAAUAUUUGUUAUUAAUGAUUAUGUAAAAUAAUUUACAAUAUAUUUAGCUUUAAAUAAAGAGUGUUUCAUCAAAUAAAAAUCUCUAAGAACUAAUUGCAUAUGAUUUAGAUUUCUAAUAAACAAAAAUUAAUUUAAAAAUAGAUUUGACUGAAAUUGAUGAAACUCCAGAUGAUUGGAUCUUAGCUAUUUAUAUUUUAUGUGGAAUAUUAGGAAUUUUAGUCUUGCUAAUUUUAUUUAGGUAUAUUAGAAGAUACUGUUUGACAAGACAUCUUAAAUUUGUAGAAGAAAAACCUUCAGAAUUCAAAAGUGAAUAUAUAUGA